AUGUCGGACGACGAGGCGGACCCAGAACUGGUGGAACUGCUCCGCAAGUCCAUGGGAUUAGGUGGUGGACCUGCAGUUGCACCACCUGCAGAAACCAAAGUCUUGGAGAGUUCACGCUACAUAUUCGACAAUGCCGUCGAUGUCGCGCUGGACCCAUCCAGCACCAGAGAGGCGGCGGAGAAGAUCUGGCGCCAGAUGCGGGAGAAAGGGUACUCUACGAAGACGUGGUCGGAGCAUGAGCUGCAUCCCAAGUCCAAGGACGAGGGCACUGUGGAUUUCAUCUUCACCAUGGAUCUGCUGAACUUCAGCUUCUGGUCUGACGUGUCGGAUGAAUCAAAGCGAUUUGCGGUCGAAUAUCGCGGCAAGCGGUGGACCGGGUACUGGAGCCUGGUCGCUGCGCUGCAGCGAGCGCUGGAUGAAGAGAUCCCUAUCACGAACCCCAACUUCUGGCUGAACGAGGAUGAAUGCACAGAAGAUGUGCUCCGCUAUGUCUUCCGCUCUGCCACGGAUGAGCAGAUCCCUCUGUUUGAGGAACGAGUGCAAUGCCUGCGGGAAGCAGGCAGAGUGUUAGACGAGAAAUUUGACGGCAGCUUUAUCAAUUGCAUUUAUGACGCCAACCAGUCGGCAGCGGCACUGGUGAACCUGCUCGCAGAGAACUUUCCCUGCUUCCGAGACGAGGCGUCCUUUGACGGGCGUAGAGUCCGGUUCUACAAGCGGGCGCAGAUCCUGGUCGCCGACCUCUGGGCCUGCUUUGAAGGUCAAAGCUACGGCAAAUUUCACGAUAUCGACAAAAUCACCAUGUUUGCCGACUACCGCAUUCCCCAGAUGCUCCACCAACUCGGCUGCUUGCUCUACUCGCCACCGCUAGAGAGCCACAUCCGACGACUGCAGCCCAUCGAAAGCGGAUCGACAUGGGAGAUUGAGAUCCGAGGAGUCAGUAUCUGGUGUGUCGAACUCAUCCGGCAAGAGAUCGAACGCUGCCAUCCGGAAUCGCGCAAGCGCGAUACGCCAGCGAAGCAGGUCCACGACGACGAAGAUGACGACAUGACCACAGAAGAAUCUCCCGACUCCGACCUGGUCGAUUCCAAGCCUGCUCUCGACUUCGGAGUCAACGCUAUCCUGAUCGACUUCUUCCUCUAUGACACGGUCAAAGAGAUGGAACGCGAGGGGCGUGAGACCAUCCCUCAUCAUCGGACGAGGAGUAUAUGGUAUUAA